AUGGGAGGGUUGAAUGCCAGUCCAGAGGUCUCGCGAGCAACAGCGAGUGGGCCAUACUGGCAGCAACAGAUGAUGCGAGCCGAGGCAUGUCGACAAUCGUCAGCGGCACAUCAUCGAGCAAGAGCAUCUGCCCUUGCCAGCCGCAUGGUGAACAACAAGACGGCGGUGCCUAUUCUCGACCCGAACAAGCCGGUCUCGGUCAUCGGUCUGCACAAGAAGGGGUCGAGCAUGAACAUUUCCGCGGGUCAGGACGAUUCGAACGGGAGCGAUCCCACCGACAGUCCAACGUCGCGACCGGCGCAUCCGACAUCGACGACCGCACCGGUGAUCCAGUCGCAAGCUGCUAGUGAACCAUGGACCGGGAUCGACUUGGGAGGUAUCAGACUUAAGGUCUUAGCACCUUCGUUGUUUGCCUUUUCGCAUGUCACAACUCUGUACAUCAAUCACAACCAGCUCACCACCUUGUCGCCGGCGAUCAGCAACCUCUCCCACCUCACACACCUGGACGCUACUGGAAACUUGUUAACAUCGAUCCCGCCCGAGCUCGGUUUAAUCGCCUCGCUCAAGGAACUCUUGCUUUUCGACAACCAGCUCUCUGACCUACCUCUCGAGCUCGGGACGCUGCAUCAGCUCGAAUUUUUGGGGAUCGAGGGUAACCCGAUCUCAGACAACAUUCGACAUGCGAUGGCGGAAAAAGGGACGACCGGGCUCAUCCAGUACUUCCGAGAUAACUGUCCCCCUCCAGCACCGCCGCCGGCACGAAAGUGGGAGAUGGUCGAGGACGAUCAUGAUACUGUAGAUGGACAGACCGAACACGGCGCCGAGACGUUCAGCCUGAUGUCUUACAACAUCUUGGCUGAUCGGUACGCACCGCAAACCAUGUACGGAUACACCCCGAGCUGGGCUUUGGACUGGUCUUACCGAAAAGAUGCCAUCCUCGCCGAGAUCACCGACGUGGCUUUGGAUGUCAUCUGCUUGCAGGAAGUCGAAGACGAGGUGUUCCAGGAAUUCCUUCAGCCGCGAUUGGCCGAGCUUGGCUAUGAAGGCGUCUUCAGUCAGAAGACGCGAGCGAGGACCAUGAGUAAGGAGGAGAGGAGGCAUGUUGAUGGCUGCGCUACGUUCUGGAAAGCCUCAAAAUACCAACUCAUCGAACAGCACGUGAUCGAGUUCAACCGACUCGCGCUUUCCAAGGCCGACAUGCGAACGGACGACAUGUUCAACCGAGUCAUGCCGUUUGACAACAUUUCGAGCGUCUGCCUGUUGGAGUCACGCGCGACCGACUCGCGCCUGGUCAUGGUGAACGCUCACAUUCACUGGGACCCUACAUACCGAGACGUCAAGCUCGUGCAAGUCGCGAUGUUGGUCGACGAGGUCGACAAGAUUGCAUCGCAAUUCGCCCGUCUGCCGCCCAAAUACCAGUCGCCUGACGACAACAAACCCCCUCCUCCCAACUACCGGGAUGGGACCGAUAUUCCUACCAUUAUCUGCGGAGAUUUCAACUCGAGCCCUCAUUCUGCGGUCUACGACUUUUUCUCUCGAGGACAAGUUCCUGCGGGGCACGAGGACUUUAUGAGCCACGAAUACGGACACUACACUACGAGAGGAUUGAGUCACAGGCUCGGUUUCCGAAGCGCGUACGUGUCCAUCGGAGAGUUGCCGUUGACCAAUCACACGCCUGGAUUCGCGGGCGCCAUCGACUACAUCUGGUUCUCUCAGGCCAACUUGAGCGUAACGAGCCUUUUGGGAGAGAUCGACAAGGAAUAUAUCAGCAAGGUCGUCGGGUUCCCCAACGCCCACUUCCCAUCAGAUCACAUUCCCAUCGCAACGACUUUCCGAGUCAAACCACCGCAAUCAAACGUCAAUGGUCAGCAUCGAUACCGAUGA